AGGCCAGAAUGAAGUUCAUAUCUUCAGGUUGUUUGACAGGAUCUCCUCAAACUCAAGGACAGAGUUUGGUGCUCUUAUUUGAAGUUUCCUUUUUUAACCAUCAAUAAAAAGUCUUUCUGCUGUUUGUCUUUCAGACCUGCUGCAGGAUUCUGUUGGAAAAGAGGAGGAUUUCUCUGACCAGCAGCUCUGUGGACAGGAGAGGAAAUCCAGUUUGGACCAAGAGGAACCAGAAGCUCUGCAGAUAAAAGAAGAGCAGAAAGAACCAGAGCAUCCCUGGAUAAAAGAGGAAACCAUGGAGCUCCCCAUAGAUCGCCUGCAGAAUUCUGUUGGAAAAGAGGAAGUUUCCUCUGACCAGCAGCUCUGUGGACAGGAGAGGAAUUCCAGUUUGGGACAAGAGGAACCAGAAGCUCUGCAGAUAAAAGAAGAGCAGCGAUCCCCAGAACAUCCCUGGACAAAAGAGGAAACCACAGAGCUCCCCAUUAGUGAGCAUGAAGAGCAGCUUGUUCUGAAGCAGCAGACUGAAGAGAAAGCUUUCCCAUGUUCGACAUGUGGAGAAAACUUUCUGAAAAAAGAACAUUUAAUGGUUCACAUGAGAACUCACACUGGUCAAGAGAUUUAUAAAUGUCGGUCCUGUGGAAACAUUUUCACAAAGAAAUCUAAACUUGAUAGGCACAUGAGAAUUCACACAGGGGAGAAACCCUUUUCCUGUACGAUUUGUAAUAAGAAUUUUACUCAAAAGAGUAAUUUGACUUCUCACAUGAGAACUCACACAGGUGAGAAACCUUUUGCCUGUAAGAUUUGUAAGAAGAAGUUUACUCAAAAGAGUAAUUUGACUUUUCACAUGAGAACUCACACAGGUGAGAAGAUUUAUGAAUGUCUGUUCUGUGGAAAAAUGUUCACAAUGAAAUCUAGUCUUGAUAGACACAUCAGACUUCACACAGGUGAGAAGCCUUUUUCUUGUACGGUUUGUAAAAACAAUUUUACUGACAAGAGUAGUUUGACUUCUCACAUGAGAAUUCACAAAGAUGAGAAGCCUUUUAAAUGUCUGUUCUGUGGAAAAAGCUUCACUAAGAAAUCUCAUCUUGAUUCACACAUCAGAGUUCAUACAGGUGAGAAACCCUUUUCUUGUACCGUUUGUAACAGGAGUUUUACUGUAAAAAGUAAUUUAACAAAACACAUGAGAACUCACAAAGGUGAGAAGCUGUUCUAAAGGAUUUGUAACAAAGGUUUUAAACAAGAAGGUAAUUAAGUGUUCAGAUGACAUUUAUUCAUACAUGAUGUGGAAUGAUUUAUA